AUGGACUCUCCAUCGGAUUUGCGGGCUUUAGCCGAUGGGAAAAAGUACUCAGAAACAAUCCAAGCUGCGAUGCGCGUCCCAAGCUGCAUUUCGCUACAGGGAUUUGACAGUGACGAUUCUCCAGUGCAUGAAAAGAAGCCCUUCGAAAAGAUUAUCCUACGUACUCCGCCUACAACACUAAAGCUCGACGACAGCUCCUGUUGGAAUCUGCGCAACUCAAAGGGGCCGGGCGACCCAGCACCAUCGGCCAGGCAACUCGUCGAUAAAUCAAUGCUGCAGCUGAAAGAAAACCUUCCCAUGGAGGGAGGCAUCGAGCCCGCUUCGGAUGGCGACGUCUUCCUUUCCGAAAACAGUCAAGUGAUGGACUCGUCGUUCUUCGAUCAAAUGAGCGAGGUGGAAAAGCUGAGGCACCAAAUGUUCAAGGUGAACAGGCGAAUCACAAAGCUAGAGAGACUCAACUCGUCGCUAAUCGAGCAGAAGCAAAUCGCUACUUACAUCGCCAUCGCUGCCCUUUCACUUUCUGUUUUUACCCUACUCGUCCGAAGAAGUCCAUGA